AUGCAAAUCAUGCCAAAUAUCGCCAUCGCAGGACUUGCCUGUGAAACUUCUACCUUUUCUCCGGCUCGCACAUUAGCCCCAGCAUUUCAUCCACGACGGGGUAAGGAGGUGAUCGAUAAGUACGCCUUCCUCCACCACGAAACAGAACUAGGGAGAUGUGCAAAUUGGCAUGGGGCACUUAUUGGACAUGCUCUACCCGGUGGAAUUGUCGCUCGAGAGUCAUUUGAGGAGCUUGCUAGCGAGAUAAUCACUCGACUGAAAGACAUUCAAAGAACGACCAAAAUCGAUGGGCUUUGGUUCGAUAUACACGGGGCUAUGUGUGUCGAAGGGAUGGAUGACACAGAGACUGAACUUCUCCAGCGGAUUCGAGAUAUAAUUGGGCCUGAAGUACUUGUGUCAGCCUCGAUGGAUCUUCAUGGAAAUGUUUCCAGACGGUUGGCGCACCAGACUGAUCUCAUUACCUGCUAUCGGAUGGCACCACAUGAGGACGAACUGGAGACCAAAGAGCGAGCUUGCAAGAAUCUUGUUCAAAUGCUAACUCCUACUCGUGGAAAUCCAGGGAGACCUCUGAAAGCGUGGGUGCCCAUUCCAAUUCUUCUGCCUGGUGAACAGACAUCAACUCGCAUAGAGCCUGCAAAGGGACUAUAUCAAUUGGUGGGAAGUCUCGCGGGAAGAACAGACAUCUUGGAUGUUGCGCUGUGGGUGGGUUAUGCCUGGGCGGAUGAGCCUCGUAACCAUGCAGUUGUCGUCGUUACAGGCUGGGGCGCUGAGCGCGUUACUGAAUUUGCGAAGAUGCUGGCAACUGCAUUCUGGGAGGCGCGUGAGAAAUUCGAUUUUGUUGCACCCACAGGCUCACUGAUGGAGUGCAUUGAUGCCGCGCUGAGGUCUCGCAGUCGGCCAUUUUUUAUUUCAGACUCAGGUGACAACCCCACAGCUGGUGGUGCCGGAGAUGUUACUUGGAGUCUGAAUCGAAUUCUUGGCCGAUCUGAAUUUCAAUCUUCCACUGGCCCCACAGUCAUUUAUGCUAGUAUUCCAGGACCGCAUGCAAUUGAUUUGAUUUUGAAAGCGGGAAUAGACGCAGAGUUACAAGUGACAGUUGGUGCCGAGGUCGACAACCUCCAUGAUGGCCCGAUCACGAUGACAGGACGCGUCCAUGCUAUCAGAUAUGGAGAUAAAGACGCCGUUAUUGAGGCAGUGCUGCAAGUCGGAAGUGUGUUCGUCAUCAUAACCAAGUUGCGGAAGCCUUAUCACCGCGAACAUGAUUUCACUCGGUUAAACCUCUCACCCCGAGAUACAGAUAUUGUGAUUGUGAAGAUCGGGUACUUGGAGCCUGAACUUUUUGAUAUGGCUACCGAUUGGCUACUAGCUUUGACCCCGGGUGGUGUUGAUCAAGAUUUGCCUCGCCUUGGUCACCGUCGUAUUCAUCGUCCAAUGUGGCCAUAUGAUCGAGAAUUCCCCGAGCCACCGGACUUGACCCCCUAUCUCAUUGCGAUGUCAAAUGAGCCACUUUAA